ACCGACAGAGCUUGUUUUGGAGGAAGUGAACGCGGCUCGGCUAGCAGGUUAGCACGUUAGCUUGACGGGAAAAGCGAACGUCAACGGGAACAGGGGCGAAACGGACCAUUGUGCUGAAUCGUUUCCAUCCCAGGAAGGGAGAAAUAUAUCCGUCGCGGCCGUGUUAAUUUUGAGUUAGCUGCAAAGCUAGCCGUGUGAGAUAAUUGAGCUGUCGACGCUCUUGUGUUGUUUUCUUGUGGCAGACAUUUACAGCGGCUGUUAGCCUGUCCUGUUAGCUAGCCUGCGCGUUAGCUAACGCUUCCAAUCGAGGCGAAGGAAAAGUCUACUUUUGAUAUUUUCCCCACACAGGAUCAUCGCCCAGGUUGGUUUAUGUCGCAUCGUCACACUUGAUUUGCUUUGAAUAUAAGUUAACGAUUCAGCUGUCGUUAACCUACUUUUGCAGUUUUUUAAUGAACCCUGCUCAAGAUGACUAAACGUUAGCUUAAAUGAAGAAGUUGCAGGUUGAAUGUAAUAAAACCGCAACUUUUCACCUCAUUUAAUCUCCCCUCGUCAUUUUCCCCACUGUUGUUGACCUAGCUGAGCAUUAUUUGUUCAUCAUUGUGAUGCUUCUUCGAGCUAGCUAACCUCUGGAAUCUGGACUCGAUGUCUUUGUGGCAUCGUGUAAAUCAGAGAGACAGGACUCGCUGACACUGUCUUCUAUUAAAGUGAAAAUGUGUUCAACCAUACAGGCCCACAGGUUGAUGGUAAAUAUGGAUCACACCGGUAUGUGUAUUGGAUCCAAAUACACCAUUUGCUGCGCUAAUCAUGCUUGCCAAGUCAUGGUUCCGUUAGUCCUGUGUUUUCAAACCAUGUGAUCAGUCCCUGACACAGUGUCAUGGGGUGCAGAUUAUGAGAGCCGCACCGAUAGCCUUAUGCUAGUUAGGCUUCAUGGAAGUCUUGAUAUGGACUCAAUCAGUGGGUUUCAACAAUUAGUGGAUGAAGCCGAAGCGAUAUGUGAAAAAAAGACUAAUCUUUUUUGUCCAAAAUGCUUUCUGUAAGGUCUACCCUGAACAGAUUUAUGAUUUAAAGCCCAUCGGCAGCACGGUGUGGACUUUGGUCAGUGCAGCUGUAUGAGUUGGUUCAUUAUUACAAAGCACAGUCGACUAUAGGCAUAAAUGCUCGGUGUUGUUUUAGAAAGUUCCUGUUUGUGGAUGUUUUGAUAUUUUAGUCGUAAAUAGUCACGAUGUAGACCACAGGUGUCAAACUCAAGGCCCGGGGGCCAAAGCUGGCCCACAAGAUCAUAUCAUAUUUGUAUUAUUAUUGGCCCACCAGCAUGGAGUCUGCAGAUUUCCUCUGGUAUAAUAAUGUAAACUUUAGCACCAUUAUUUAAAAUGUCCUUUAUAAGCCACCAAAAUCUGGGAAAUUAAAGCACAAGGAAGAUUUGAUAAUUAGUCAAGAGUGAGGGGAAAAAUAUUUUGUGUUUUAUUUCAUGUUUUCAAUUUUGCAUCUCAAGAUUAUAAGUCAAAAAUGAUUGGGUUUUUUAUUUCAUGCUUUGAUUUUGUUCAACUCAGUAUUUAGACGAGUCAUUUUUAUACUUCAGAUUCCAAUUUUAAAUUUUAAGUCAUAUGUUGACCUUUUAAACCUGAUUUCAAUGUUUUCUUCAGGUAUUUUCUCUUUAAAAGCAUUGUUUUUCUAUUUUUAAUAUCACACUCUGAUCUUUUGAACUAAUAAUUGAAAAUAGAAUAAAAAAUGUAAAAAAAUCUAUCUCAGAUUGCCUUUAAACCUAUCUUUUUUUUAAUUUUUUUAUCAUUUUUGAAUUUCCAAAAGGUUUAUAAUCAUUCCUAUUUUUGUUACAUAUUUUUUGAAAAGGAGGUUGACAGUUUUGGUGAAAUGUUGACCCUGUUUGGCCCUCAGGUUAGACCUAAAUCCAGAAUCUGGCCCUUGCUGUGGUUGAGUUUGACACCCUUGAUGUAGACUAUUCAUUGCUUAAACUUUGGGGUGAGAUUUCAGAUAUAAUCAGCUUUGUGAAUCUGACACAUUUUUGUUAAAUCAUGUGAAAAACAUGUUGAUUUAAAGAAAGGGCAGACAGGAACUUAUUGAUACUGAUAAUGUUGAACUCUUAUGAUUUAUUUCUCCUGUAGGUUGUCCUAUCCUCCAUAUUUAUAAUGGAUUGUAGAUGGAUUUGGCACUUGGCAUGUUUUUUUUUCUUACCCGAGCUGGACAUUCAGCUGUAUUUUCUUUAUUGCAGAAGGAAACACAGCAUUUUGUAUUUGAUAAAAAGUAAAAAAAAAAAAAAAAGUUGAAUUCUUGAUUUUGUUGGUUAUAUUUCAGGAUAUGAUAUUUCUUUGGAUAUUUUUGUUUGUUUCUUUUGUUUGUAAAGUGAAAAAGCCAUAACAUGAGUUGUCAUCGCUGUCAUUCUUGAGCUCCUGCAGAACUUUCCCAUUUGUCUCGAUUCUGUUUCAAGAUGAACUUGAACAUUCACUUCUUUUAGAGAUCAAGGUGCCCAGUAUCAAGUGGGUCACCACAAGGGCAUGGCUGUAUCAAUCUUAUUCAUGCAGUUCUGGCACUAGUAUGCUUUUUAUGGGAGUCUUAACCACCCCUGUAAUUUAUUUUUAUUUACUUUACAGCUGUGGCACAAUGACGUCCAGGAAGAAAGUACUACUCAAAGUCAUCAUUCUGGGAGACUCUGGGUGAGUGGUGUAGAGCAGGAUCAAAACUGAAGGGGAUGCCCAAUGCUCUUUAAAGAAAAACUCUUUAAGGGCAUUGAGUUGAGAACCAUUUGGUAAAUCUCUCACUGCAAGGAAUAGAUGUGUUUUUGCUGUACCUGUGAAAUUUUCUCAUGAUCUAUUCUGAACGUCGGCCUGUGAUUUUGUUUUUCUUAGAGUUGGAAAGACCUCAUUGAUGAACCAGUAUGUGAAUAAGAAGUUCAGUAACCAGUACAAAGCCACAAUAGGGGCUGAUUUUCUGACAAAAGAAGUCAUGGUGGAUGACAGACUUGUCACAAUGCAGGUACGAGCUAGAUACCACUCACACAUACAUACCACACUGUCACUGUCUGUGAUAGAAACAAUGUUAUCUUAAACAAUACAAGAACUUUAUGUAUCCCUAAAGGGAAAUUCAUUUGUCUGGAAUCUCGUGAAAAGUUUUCUGGAAGGACAGUUAAACUGUAAAUCUAGUCAGGUGAGAGGAGAGGGUGAAAUGGUUGAAGUCUCCUGGUCUCCUGUAUUAUUAUAAGUGCCUCAGAAUGUUGAGUCUGUAUCCUAGCAACAGUAUUGUAAAGAAUACAUGUUUACAAGUAUUGUUAUGAUAAGACUGAACUCCCUUGAAACGUAAUAUGGCCAAAGAGUAACUAACUGCCAACAGUUCAAUAUCUGAACACAACUUCUCCUUUACAGUAACGUGUGAAGAGUUUCACCAUCUCUGGUUAACAAGUAAAGCCAGACCUCCUCCUUUCUUCUUGCCACGAGCUUUAGAAUCUCUUGUCUGAUCAUAAAAAAAGCCAGGUAGAUCCAAACUGGAGUCAGAGUUGUUUUAAAUUAAAUAGGUUUCAGUAAAACACAGGAGACUGCAUUCGGUUAUGCUUUCUCAGUCUUUAUUGAUACCUCCAGCUCAACGCUUUUGUUAGGCAGAGAGUUCAUGUUUCCCAUGGCAACUGAUGGAAGAAAAGGUUUAUAUCUCCAUUUCCUAGCCUUCAACUUUGCCUACACCAGGUCAGAUUACCUGGUUAGUUUUUUACACAACAGAUCCUCACUAUGCGGUCAACCCUUCGAUUUGUUCUAAAUAAGGAGACCUGACAUGUAGGAACCCUUCCUCUUCCACAAUCACACAUGUUUUUGGGAUGUGAUAUAAGCAUGUGAAUUGGGCGAGUUAUUCGUGCAAACUAAGCAAGGACAAACACAACAUUCAGGCGUCCAUAUAUGCAGGAAUUGUGCAAUGAUUUUGUUAAUGAUUGGUGUGAACACAACAUUAGAGUACAAUACUUCACACAUAGAAAAUGCAUCUUACAUCAACUGUCAAACUGUAUUAGAGCAGUUGACUAGGGAUCUCUGGUUAAGUGUAGCAGUAUAAACACUUUAGUCAUGGAAUUACCUUAAUCUCUUUAUUUGCUGUAAUCUCAUUAUUUUGUGCCUGUAAUCCCAGGAUGUUGUCUCUAAUACACGCCCUCUCUGUUCUGUCACUCAGAUUUGGGACACAGCAGGUCAGGAGAGGUUUCAGUCCUUAGGUGUUGCGUUCUAUCGUGGAGCAGACUGCUGCGUUCUGGUGUUUGAUGUGACAGCACCCAACACUUUCAAGACUCUUGACAGCUGGAGAGACGAGUUCUUGAUCCAGGCCAGCCCUCGGGACCCGGAGAACUUCCCCUUUGUGGUGUUGGGCAACAAGAUCGACUUGGAGAACAGACAGGUAGGUGCAGGGGCACAGAGUUAUUUGGCUUUUGUUAUGCAGUAUUUAGAGAACUGUAAAAGUGUUUCAAAUUGUUUUUUAAAGUUUUGAGUUAUAGAGCCAUUUUAAAAAUAGAUUGGCUUAAACUGUCAGUCUUUUCUGCUUCUAAGUAUAACAUCAGUUACUUUUGUGUUUCAGGUAACAACCAAGCGAGCACAAGCCUGGUGUCAGAGUAAAAAUAACAUCCCGUAUUUUGAAACCAGCGCCAAGGAGGCCAUCAACGUGGAGCAGGCCUUCCAGACUAUUGCACGCAAUGCUCUUAAACAGGUAACUGAGGCAACUCGGGCUGUAAGUUUGUCCUUCUGGGGCCUCAGAAAUAUAAUUGUAACUCAACUCGAUCGUCUUGUUUUAGGAGACUGAGGUGGAGUUGUACAACGAGUUCCCUGAGCCCAUAAAGCUGGACAGGAACGAGCGAGCCAAGCCGUCAGCGGAGACCUGCAGCUGCUGAGGACUAUGAAGAUCUUCUAGGGUCAUCACUGCCCUCACUACCCUGUCUUGCCUUGUCUAUAUAUCCCUUUUCCCCAUGGCCCACUGUGUUAAAUCCCCAACGCCCGACAUACAUGCAGCAUCCCACUCAUGAGAGUAUACUACUACACACACAAACAUGCUGCACUCACCUCCCUAUGUAAACAAAACACACAUUUUCUAUAAAAGAUGAGUCUCUUAGCCCAAAGAACACCUUAAAGGAAACAUUACGGAAAUACUUGUAUGAUGCUCAUUACUUCCCAGUGUUUCCCCAAGUUUAGCUUUCAUGGCGGUGGUGGUUUGGGUUAAUCUCAUUUUCAGUUCCAUGUGUAUCGCUGCUCCCACACCCAAUUUUGGUUCUAACUGCUUUUACUUGGAUACUUUAAGUGAUAAUUUGAAGCAUUAUCUCUAUACAUGUAUGUGUUGAUGAGUACAAUUUAAAAGACAAAGUUUCUCUCUUUUUUUUUUUUGUUGAAAUUGAAGUUUUCUUUAGCAGUGGUGGUUGUUUUCUUACUUUCACAGCCCACCUCUGCUGCAUGAAUAGAGGAAACACUGCUCCGCCCAUUUUAGUCAUUUGUGUUGUGGCUUCAAUUUGUUCCAAUCACAAACACACUUGGUUUCACUUUAACUUGUUCAACUUUAAAAAAAGACUCUGAUGCCUGAAAGGGGAAUCAGAACUUCAGUAGUGAAGGUGCAUGUAUGGGUCGCAUUAAUUCGCUGCCUGCUGAUUCUUGUUGAUUGGCACCGAAUAGAAAAUCAAGAUCCGUGACAAGUCCACCAGACCAAUGUGUAAUGAUCUUUUUUUUUUUUUUUUUCCAAGCACUUUGCAGUCAUUGACAAUAACUAUAGACAUCUCAUUUUAGAGCCACAAUAAAUGCAGUUGUAGCUCAGGUCGGGGGCAUUGCUAGGAUCCAGACUCAGCUCCCUCAUGUUAGUGCUGUUCUAUAUGGGAAACCAAGGUUUGUCUUGUAAUCAUUUUUUCUUGGUACAUCUGAUAUGGGAAGAAAGCAAAUCAAGACGGCAUGUCGUUCUACCUGAUAGUCCUGGAGAGAAGACAUUUUUUUCUCAAGUAUAAAUAUCAUUCAUAACUGCGUACUAUUAGCUAGUACAUUUCUUUUUACUGUCAACUAUUGCAAGACUUUGUAUAUUUGCAAACCCCUCAAUCAUUGUGUGGGGAAGCAAAACGUUUUGUUGUAAAUCUCCAUAUCUGACUAUGCCAGUCGUUCAUGUUGGCAAACAAUUUAAGUGCUUGACGUUUCUUUUAACUGAUCAGAUCUUUAACUGUCUGUUCAUAUUAUGUUAAAACUUUGAAAUGCAUUAUAGAUUACAAGAUAGCAAACAUACUGUAACUUUGAAAAAAAUGUUAAAAAAAAAUGUGUGGGGGGAAGUACUGGCAUUCAUCAUUAUUAUAAUAAUAUGAUAAAUGCAUAGCAUCUACAUUGUUUCAAAAUGUCUUUGCGUUUCAAGUAAUAAGGGUAAUAAAAAUCUUGAAUAAAGCA